AUGAUUGCAAUACAAUGCUAUCGUGCUUAUCAUAUAUCCAAAGAACAUGAUAAAAAGAAAGCAUUUGCUGCAUAUGAACAUUUAAUACGUUCGUCAUCGAUAUCAAGAAAAUAUCGUCAUCCAUUCUAUGGUUUAGAACAUGAUCGUUUAGGUAAACAACAACAACAACGAUUAUUACAUCGAACUCUUCGUCGUCCAACAUCAAUAAUUCAUCGACGAAAAGCAAAAACACCACGAGCAUUACAUACUUUUUCUAACAACUCGAUAUCAUAUCCAUUUGCACGACGACGAAAUGAUGGUGGUCGUGCACGUACAGCAUUUGCUCUCUAUGGUCUACCGUUUCGUGGACCGCAAGCUCCUCGACCGGCAACAAUAUCUUCAAGUGGAAGUCUUGUUGCCAAAGCUUUUGUUCAUUAA